UCUUGACAUUGCUGCUGAGAUUUCUUUCCCCCUGACCCCCAUUUUUCCAAUUUUCUCAGGCUGUAGUGUCACGGCAUGACACACAGUAAGCUACAAUCAUAAAGGAAAUGACCGUUGUAAAACUAACGAAGAACAGAGGGAUUAUGCGCUCCAGAAUUUUUCGUCAUUCAGAUUUUGCAAUUUUCAUAGAAAGCUGGAUGUAGUGUUCAUAUGCAGCCGAUCCAGCACGAAGAUGAUAAGUCCGUUUUGGACUGCUUUGACGAUUCUUUUCAGUUUUUUCUACUCUUGUAAAGCAGUGGAAUGUUACACAUGUAGUGUUGAUUUUCGAUCACAGAAAUUCGAACUUAACAAUACAUGCUUGUUUCCGAAAGAAAAUGACAACAAGGAGAAGACGAGAUGCAGUGAUGCAUCAAAGUUUUGUAAGAAAGCCUUGACUUCAGUUUAUUACAGCAAGGAAGAGUCACUUAUCAGAUGAAGGAUACACUUGCAUGGUAAAUGAACCAAUAAGUGACAAGAAUGAGAGUGAUGAUUCAUUUCCUAAUGAGAUAGUGUUAUUUCUAGUGAUUCUCAUAUGGAUAUUUUGUUAGAGACUGAGCUCACAAAGUGUCUGCCUUCGAUUUCACAUGAAAGAUUUUGUUAAUUCUUCUUGCAAACAGUUUUUCUUGUAUUUUUUAAUAAUUAAAAAGUUUAUUAAUAUAUUUCAUCAUUUAAAACUUAAUAAUUUGAAUAGCGCUUCCAAAAAUUAUUUCUCAAAGUAAGCAAUUUUAUUUUUAUAUAUUUUCACGUAAAAAAAAAAAAAGAUUAUGAAUGUUAAUUUUAGCAUAUACGAUAGCUUAAGUAAUAAUCUAAUGUAGUACCAAAAAUUCUGACAAUAACUGAGAUUUUUUUUAAAGGGGAGGUAUUUUCUUCUCUGAAAUAAGCUUAGCCGAUGCAAAAUCUCCAUUCUGUGGUUUGAUUCCUUUAGACUACCAUCCGUCCAAGGGAAUGUCUUACACAAAAAUGCGCCAUCUCAAAAGAGUUAAGAUAAAGUGUAUAUGCAAAAUCACAUUCUGUAAAUCUAUGUUCUACAAGGUUUUAUUGUACUUUAAUGUUUUAUACUAAUAAAAUUACAAAUUAAUCACAAAGAUAAAUUGAAAAUAAUAUAGAUAAAAAAUGGGGAACAAAGCUUUUUUUCCCCUCCCACAGAGAUUUUUUUAAAUGUUUUAAGCAAAUAAUCUUUUAAUAGGGAAUAAUUUCAUGCAUAAAGCAAAACUGCACUGAAAAUACACAUUACAAAUUUUAUUUAGC